AUGCCCCCUAAUGAGGUCAUUGUUGAAUCCUUCGACCUUUAUCAGCAGUAUUGCCACAAGCAGCCUUUGUGGCUUUUUGACGAAGAUGAUCUCUCAACUCCGGAGAUAUGCCCCCAGGAAAUCAUAUUUGGUAUACUCGGACUUGCUUUACGUUACUCGAGCAAUCCCUUUGUGGAGGGACGAGUGGAUCAAAUGUGUCGCCAGUACACCGAGGCGGCCCGUGGCAAUAUCAUGCUUCAAAUAGCGCAGGGAGCCGUCCAGCUUUCCACGAUCCAAAGCCUUUGUCUAGUAGCACUGGCAAAUUUUAUUGGGGACGACAUGCAGAUGGCCUGGCUACAUAUUGGCCUUGCAACAACCCUUUUGAAGUGUGGAGGUCUGGAUGUGGAGUUACACAAAGAAGAGCGCACGCAUACGGUAGAUGUUCAUCGAAAGCUGUAUUGGAGCAUUCAUCUCCUAAACCAACAGUAUGGACCACGCAACAUGCAAUUAGAUAUUUUGCGCGACAUCCAGCGUCCCACAUACAUGGGAGUCAACAAAUGCUCUAUGCGAGAAAUGGGAGUCUCUCCACCUCAAGUUCCGGAGGAACCAGGAGGCUCCACUCAGAUUGAAGGAAUUUGGGUGUACAUGUGGAGACCCAACACCUCCUUGGUCACUUGA